AUGGAUUCUGGCGAAGUUGCUGCAUUAGUUAUUGACAAUGGUUCUGGUAUGUGUAAGGCGGGUUUCGCCGGUGAUGAUGCACCAAGAGCCGUUUUCCCGUCUAUCGUUGGUAGACCAAGACACCAGGGUAUCAUGGUUGGUAUGGGCCAAAAGGACUCUUACAUAGGUGACGAAGCCCAAUCGAAGAGAGGUAUUUUGACCUUGAGGUACCCAAUCGAGCACGGUGUUGUGACCAACUGGGAUGAUAUGGAAAAAAUCUGGCACCACACUUUCUACAACGAGUUGAGAGUUGCUCCAGAAGAACACCCUGUAUUGUUGACUGAAGCUCCAAUGAACCCUAAGUCUAACAGAGAGAAGAUGACGCAAAUUAUGUUUGAGACUUUUAACGUUCCAGCUUUCUACGUUUCCAUCCAAGCUGUGUUGUCUUUAUACUCUUCUGGUAGAACCACCGGUAUUGUGUUAGAUUCCGGAGAUGGUGUUACUCACGUUGUUCCUAUCUACGCUGGUUUCUCCUUGCCACAUGCAAUUUUGAGAAUUGACUUGGCUGGUAGAGAUAUGACAGAUUACUUGAUGAAGAUCUUGUCCGAACGUGGCUAUCCAUUCACCACCACCGCAGAAAGAGAAAUCGUCCGUGAUAUCAAGGAGAAGCUAUGUUAUGUUGCUUUGGACUUUGAGCAAGAAAUGCAAAUGGCAGCUCAAUCUUCCGCUAUUGAGAAGUCAUAUGAACUACCUGACGGUCAAGUCAUUACCAUUGGUAACGAAAGAUUCAGAGCUCCAGAAGCUUUGUUCCAACCAUCUGUGUUGAGUUUGGAAGCUGUUGGUAUUGACCAAACCACUUACAACUCCAUCAUGAAGUGUGAUGUUGAUGUUAGAAAGGAAUUAUACGGUAACAUCGUUAUGUCUGGUGGUACUACUAUGUUCCCAGGUAUUGCCGAGAGGAUGCAAAAGGAAAUCACCGCUUUGGCUCCAUCUUCAAUGAAGGUCAAGAUCAUUGCUCCACCAGAGAGAAAGUACUCCGUCUGGAUCGGUGGUUCCAUCUUGGCCUCUCUAACUACCUUCCAACAAAUGUGGAUCUCAAAGCAAGAAUACGACGAAUCUGGCCCUUCAAUUGUUCACCACAAGUGUUUUUAA